AAGAACGCCUCGGGGCCGUAUUUACCCCAAACGGAUAAAGCCAUGUCGCAGAAUAACUGCCCCUCCUCUGUGAGGCAGGGUGCUGUGGUGGUCCUGGGCACAGAUGGCACCGCGUCUGUUCAUCUUAACCGGGAAGAACAAGAAGAUGAUGAUGGUGAUGGAGAUGAGAAUAAAGCCAGAGGAAACUGGUCCAAUAAACUGGAUUUUAUUCUCUCCAUGGUGGGCUAUGCUGUGGGUUUGGGGAACGUCUGGAGGUUCCCGUAUCUCGCCUUCCAAAACGGAGGAGGUGCGUUUUUGAUUCCUUACCUGAUCAUGUUGUGUCUGGCUGGAAUUCCUAUCUUCCUAUUGGAAGUUUCUCUGGGCCAGUUUGCCAGUCAGGGACCAGUUUCAGUGUGGAAGGCCAUUCCAGCUUUACAAGGUUGCGGGAUUGCCAUGUUGAUAAUAUCAGUCUUGAUAGCCAUAUACUAUAAUAUAAUAAUGUGCUGGACUCUGUACUACCUGUUCGCUUCGUUCACUUCGUUGAAGGGCUCAUUGCCAUGGACCUACUGCAGGAACGAAUGGAACACGGCCGAGUGUAAGGAUAAAGACAUGCUGCAGCUCGAUUCCUGUAUCAUCCGGGAAAGAAAUUUCACCUCCUUAAGAAACAGCACUUUCUGUUUAUCUGCAAAUGCUGCUGGGAGUUUAAGCAAACUGUUAAACAUCACAACUGAUAACAGGAGCUACGCCAGUCCCAGUGAAGAAUAUUUUAAAUAUAAUGUAUUGCACAUCUCCAAAGGAAUUGAGUACCCAGGUGAUAUCCGCUGGCCUCUGGCUGCCUGCCUUUUCUUGGCAUGGAUCAUUGUUUAUGCAUCUUUGGCUAAAGGAAUCAAGUCAUCAGGAAAGGUCGUGUAUUUUACAGCCACGUUUCCGUAUGUGGUUUUGGUGAUUUUGUUGAUUCGGGGAGUGACUCUACCUGGUGCUGGAUCUGGCAUCCUGUACUUCAUCACACCCAAAUGGGAAAAACUCAACGAUGCCAAAGUUUGGAAGGACGCGGCGACUCAGAUCUUUUUCUCUCUCUCAGCAGCGUGGGGAGGAUUAAUCACUCUCUCCUCCUAUAAUAAAUUCCAUAACAACUGUUACAGAGACACGAUAAUCGUGACGUGCACUAACAGCGCCACCAGUAUCUUUGCUGGUUUUGUGAUUUUUUCUGUCAUCGGCUUCAUGGCUCAUGAGCUGAAGGUGCCGAUUGAGCAGGUCGCGGAUGAAGGGCCGGGUAUUGCAUUCGUGGUUUACCCAGAAGCCCUCACCAGGUUGCCAGUCUCUCCGUUUUGGGCCAUCAUCUUCUUCCUCAUGCUGCUCACGCUCGGCCUUGAUACCAUGUUUGCCACCAUCGAGACCAUCGUGACAUCGGUAGCUGACGAAUUUCCUAAAUAUCUGCGCAAGCACAAACCCAUCUUCACCCUCAUCUGCUGCGUUUUCUUCUACAUCCUGGGAUUUCCCAUGAUCACAGAGAAUGGAAUGUACAUGCUUCAGUUGGUUGAUACGUACGCAGCAUCAUAUUCUCUCGUCAUCAUCGCCAUCUUUGAGCUGGUUGGAGUUUCAUACAUCUACGGUUUGCAGAGAUUCUGUGAGGAUAUUGAAAUGAUGAUCGGUUUCCAGCCAAACAAGUUCUGGAGGAUUUGCUGGGCUUUUGUAACUCCGACUAUCCUGACAUUUAUUUUAGCUCUGAGUCUGUAUCAGUGGAAGGGGAUGACGUACGAGGACUACACCUACCCCACCUGGUCCAUGGUGCUCGGCUGGCUCAUGGUCAUCUGCUCCGUCAUCUGGAUCCCCAUCAUGUUCGUUAUCAAGAUGCUCCUGGCGCCGGGGUCCUUUAUAGAGCGCUUGAAGCUGGUUUGUUCCCCUCAGCCGGACUGGGGUCCGUUCCUGACAAAACAUCGGGGUGAGCGCUACAAAAACAUGAUCGACCCCCUGGGAACGAACUCGCUGGGUCUUAAACUUCCACCGAAAGACUUCCAGCUCUCCGACUCCUAACCUCGGAUCAGAAAAAGGAAAAUAUCAGCACAGAGACUCGGUGAAGCCUUUAAGGUGCAAAAAUAACUUCUUCUGAUGUUGCUUCUUCCUCAGGAUGAAAACUUUGGGAUGUUAGAAACUCAUAAGACUCCAGGUCCAAAUAAAAUAAAACUGCACCUUUAUACAUUUAGUCUGAAUAUUAGAU